AUGCAUGGCGCGAACUCUUUGAAAUCACUGCCUCAGUUUCAGAGUAAUGGGGCAUCUGACGACACUACACAGUCGUCCAGAACAGAAGACACUCAGUGGACAAGGAUCGAUGGUCUUUUCAAGCUAUGGAUCUAUGGGACGAUAUCUCAAUCUUUUGUCACAACCGUGCUGAAGAAGAAAAGCACGGGACACACUCUAUGGACAUGCCUCAAGAAUCAAUUUUGGGACAACAAAGAAGUCCGAGCCAUUCAGAUUGAACAUGAACUGCACAAUCUCAAUAUCAGUGCCCUCACCAUUCAUGAGUAUUGUCAGGAGUGGAGGAAACUCUCGGAUCUACUCUCCAACAUUGAUGUUGCAGUCUGUGCACUUGUGAUGCACAUGCUCAACGGGCUCAACGAGAAGUUUGACAAUAUUGUCAAUGUCAUCAAGCAAAAAUCUCCCUUCCAUCGUUUGACAAUGUCAGAUCCAUGCUAA